UUCAGGAAGACAUACGAGAAGAGUAGAGAAGAUCCUCAGGGUGAAGAGAUCUGCUUUUACAGGAUGCAGUUACAAGCUGCUGUUUCUGCCAUAAACCUGCAGGAUUGUGCUGUGUGGAACUUUACAGUCUGUGACUACUCUACACUAAUACUCUUUUAAAUAGUGUAGUUGUGUGUUUGGGAUGUCAUGGUGAAGAAUCAAUGAUUUACUGCUGAACUUUUCGGCCUGCACCUGCAACUUUCUUUUCUGGACUAUACAAGUGAAGAAUAUUUCUCCCUAAGACGAAGCAUACAGGACUAUCACCAUGCUGCAGCAGAUUCUUAAAGACAUGUACAUCGAGCCGGAGCUGCUGGCCGAGCUGAACGAAGAGCAGAAGCAGGUUCUCUUCUUCAAAAUGAGGGAAGAACAGGUCCGCAGGUGGAAAGAGAGAGAAGCACGGCUGGAUCAGGGAACUAAAGUGGUCAAGCCCAAAAAAGUCAACAAGAAGAAUGUAUCAUGGCUGAAGGCAUCAGACAGCGACGUGUGGGUGUGGGUGAUGGGAGAGCAUCAUGACGAUAAACCUUAUGACCAGAUCUGUGAUGAGAUCAUGGCUGAGAGGGCAGCACUACAGGCGCAAAAAGAGGCAGAAGAGCUCAGGGCCAAGAAAGAAGCUGAACUGGAGAAACGUUUCUCUGGGUUGUAUAUUGAGAAGGAGGAAGCCGCCAGGCAGGAGGCAGCCCUAAAGGCAGUUGCCCUGGAGAAGAGUCGACAAGAAGAUCUGAAGAGGAAGGAGGAAGAAGAACGCCGAAAAGCUGAAGAGGAGGUCAAGAGACUCAAGGAGGAGAGGGCACAGCAGAUCUAUAUGAACCUGAAGGAAGUACAGAGUCAACGGAAAGCCCAAGACAGUGAGGAGCAGGCCUGGAAGGAUUCAUUGCAGAAAUCUAAAGCAGCUGACCAGCGGAGACGUUCCCUGGCCAAGCAGACGAGGGAGGAUGACCGCAGGCGUUCUCUAAAGGCCCUGGAGAGAGGUCGAGUGGCGGCCAUGACUAAAGCUUUUGGAGGAGAGAAACCUGCUCUUCCACCUAAACCCAAACCCAGGAACCUCACUCUGACUAAUGAGCCUAUUCACAGGGGGUCCAAUUUACGACGUUCUUUGUCAUCAUCCAGCCGAAGGGAAAUAAUCCGCUGGUUCAGAGAGGAACAGUUGCCCCAAAGAGUUUGUUUCCAAGACGACGAUAGCCGCAUUGCUCCGUGGUUUCAUGGUAUAAUCACACGUACGGAGGCUGAAGAUUUGCUGAGCGAAGGCAGUCCUGGAGGUUUCCUGGUCCGUGUUAGUGAAAGGAUCUUCGGAUAUGUUCUGUCUUACCAAAGCCCAGACGGAGGCAAACACUUCCUCAUCGAUGCCACGGACAACUGUUAUAUGCUGCUAGGAGACCAGAUCAAGUUUGCGACUCUGGGAGAGCUAGUGGAGUACCAUAAGGAAGAGCCCUUAACACCGUCUGGAGGUGAGCGGCUGUUGUAUGCAUGUGGACAGAAACCCGGCACUCUGGACUAUGCUGAUCUCUUCACCUGAACCCUACAGCUCUGUAACUCAGCAAGCAAGGGUGCGAGAGAAUUAAAUGCACGUCCUUGGGCUUAUAAGGGUUUAUUAUUGCACAUACAGUCUACAUGUAUGAAGUAUUGUAUAUUGAACAAACAUACAGUGGAGUAGGUGGAUGUGCACAGAAUGUGGGCUGGAUUUAAUUAUCGACCCAUGAGCAAAUGACCAGCCAAAAAAGAAAAGAAAAAGGUUCUGCACAGACAUCACAAGGUCAGACAUAAAGGCACAACAUGCACUUUUGAUAAUCUGGCUGAAUUUUGAAGGAUUUUGUAUGAGGAUUAGAAUAACUUGUACCACUCAUGUGUUAGGAACUUUGCGACUGUUCAAGCAAGCUGCUAAUUAAUUACAUAUACUUAAUGGGGGGAAGGAGCUGGGCACCAUGAUGAUACAGUAUACUUUAUCAAAAUUACAAUGAAUUACAGUAUAUCGCCAAAUUCAUUUUUAAGGAACAGCAGAUAUUAACAAAUUUUUUAAAAAGUAUUUUUAGAUAAAUUACAAACAUAAUUAGAAGUACAAUGUUUUAUAGUGAACUGAAUCUUUAAACUGUAAAAUAUUCCCUUUUUUAUUUUCUAGCCAUACUGUAAAUACAUCAUUAAACUUCAUAUUGGAAUGCUA